AUGUCAUUCGGCUUCGGCGUUGGCGAUUUCAUUGCCGUCGGGGAGCUAUGCUGGAAGAUCUACACUCGAGUAUACAAAGUGUCGCGCGAUGCACCGGAGGAGCUCCGCGCUUUGAUUCAAGAACUAGGAAAUUUAUCAAAUACAGUGAAAUUGCUCAAUGAGGAAGUAGAAGAUAGGGAAGAGUGGAUAAAACGGGCAGGAGAGAGACGACUGGAAUACACCUGCAAAAUCGUGGGUCAAGCCAAAGAGACGCUUCAGAAAAUGGAUCGGCUGGCAGAUAAAUAUGCGGAACUCGGCACGGGAGACAGCUCAGAAGGUUCGAGGCGUUCUUUUCGCAUUCAAUGGAACCGAAUCAAGUACGCAUUGGAGGUUUCUAACAUCAACGAGCUCCGCGCGAAGGUUGGGAUCUGGGGUGCUCAAAAUUCGUCCCUGGAACGGAUUGAGAAACAGCAAACACAAACGGACAUCAAGUUAGAAGAGCUUCGGAACGUCAUGACCGGUGACCGACGUUCGUAUGACACACCUAUUUUGAAUGGAUCGUUAGGUGAGGACAUUCGAGCAGAAAUUAGCGCGGCAUUCUUGCGAAGUGCAGAGACUGGUAACGGGCCUUGGGCGUCCAUUGGAAUCGAUGACUGGCUUCAGGCAGGCAAAUGGUGGUUGUUAAAGGUACCAGAUAAGCUGAUGAUUACAAGAACUGGCCAGAGCACUCUAAUUAACCUACUCUUGUCUGAUCACAUUGAUAGUUUCGUGGAAACCCACAGUACAGCUGAGAACGCGACAAACACUGAGAAUACUGAGACCGCUCCUCAAGAAUGUUUUCUCAUGUUAGAGGUGCCGCAACAAGGCAUCUAUCUCAACGUCAUCCUGCAAAGCUUUGUCGGACGGGAUAUCUGCAAGCUGAAAGACUCCAGUGCCCUGAAGGCGAUAGUUUGGGGGUUCCAUCUUUUUGCGUCAGCGUUUUAUCCAACAUCCUUGAGCGCAUCGAUGGUUCAUUCUGCUUGUGUGCUAGCCAAUUGGCCGAGUCCAUAUUUUAUGUCUCUUUUGCUGCCUGGCUAUGACAUUGAUUGCCCAGCUCGAUCCGAUCAGCUUGCGUUGCAACUAAGGAACAUCGUUAAUGGUCUAGUAAAGAAAGGCUGUCACGACAAGAUCCCAACCUCGGAGUUCUUUGCUAAAGACUGUCUGGAUGUCCAAUUACCAUUAGAGGUCUUCACUUGGAAACUUAUCUGUUGGCGUUGCGAAGAGUUCGCUGAUAUAAAGCAUUUGCUUGAAGGACUCAAUACCGAAGAACCUCCACGCGACUCCUUGGUGCAAUCUGCAUUUCUACGGCUUGACCGCAAUUUCCUAAAUCAUCUUGUGCGUUAUAUGAACUACGGAGAUGGAUGGCACCCUGAUGAUGUACUCAUCAUGGUCGAGGCUGCGUUGAGCUCAGACGAUGCCGAAUACCUUUCAUGGCUUCUUGAACACGUUGCCGCUAGUGUCCUUUCUAAGCAUCGGAUUACAAUCUUCCAGUUAGUCUAUAGCAGCAGACGUCUCAACCACAUUGAAGCCAUGAUACAAGUCGUAGUUCCCCGCCCAGCAGAUAUUGCGGCAGCCCUCGCUUGGUACCUAGGUUCUAGCGAUGAGCAGAGUUUUAGAGGCUUUUUACGCAUGGUCGAGGACCAUGGCGGCUCUUUCAGGAGAAGAAGAACUAACGACGUGGAUUUCUCGGACUUUUAUCCUACUUUUGUGGCAGAUUGUUGUCGUUUGAUAGAGACCCAACGUUCUGACACCCUGAGCGUCUAUCUACAAUCGCUGGAGGGACUGGGUAUUAAUUUUCGGAGCAUCGAACAUUGUAAGAUCACUGGGUCCUCUCAGUUGGCAGUUCUCCCAUCUUUACUCUCCCCAGAUCCGUCAUUUCUCCGAGUCCUACUAGAACGAGAGGUCAUAGUGGCAGUUACGCAACCCUUCGUUAUGGAGUGUAUAUCUGGGAUGUACGCGGAAUAUUCACCAAAGAUAGACUUCGGGGAGUUGCUUCAAUAUUUCCCUCCUCCAAUGCCACAUUGGCCUCUUUACUGCUCUGUUAUGCUUGCUUGUAAUACAGAAUUCCUUCAGCUACUGUGUCAAUAUGGCACAUCAUUACAACAAGAGAGCAGGGUCACUGGGGAUCAAGAAAGCAAGGCGCAAGGGAUAGUCAAUCAUUUUUCACAACUUUCAAAUCUGGAAGAUGCACGACUGGAACACAUGGAUGUCCUCAUGUUUUGCCAUAUACUUAUUCAUGUCGGAAUCAAAGGAGAGCACCACCCUGCAUUCUGUACGACCUGGUUCAAAGCAACUGAGAAUAAAACGGACUAUCGAGAGACUUGGAGAUGUAUCGAGCGCCUCUUGUACCGCGAUGGCUGUUUCCAUGGCUGUUCAUCCCAGUGUCGUUUGGCCUUCAGAGGUGACUGGAAGAAGCAGCCGGACAAACGUUCCGAGUUGAUGUCUAGAUAUGAUGAGUUUCCAGACCUUUACCCUAAGCAUCUUCAAACGCAGAGCAAUUGGGAUAUAUGGCGUCGAGACGCUCUGCAGAUUUUGAGGAAGUUUCGAUAG